UGUUCAAGUUUAUAAAAUCGGGCCGUGGUGAGGAACCGAAGUUUUUUCUAUUUUAUAAUAAAAUAUAAAUAGAAAUGCGUUAUUUUGUUAAUGUUUAAUCGGUUUGUUUGAUACGAAAAAGAUUAUUAGAAAAGUAAAACGUAAUUCAAAUCACCAAAAUGGAAGGAGCUACUUUUAUGACAAAUGUAGAUAAUUCUGCCGCUUAUUUGGAAAAGUUAUAUUCUAAUGACAAUUUACAGUGCCAGGAAGCUCUAAUAAGCUUAAAAAAUUCUGUAAUUGGAAGUAAUCGACAAAAAGCAUCGGUAAUAUCCCAAGGAAUAGUGCCGCGUUUAAUAGCACUCAUAACAAAUGAAGAAGUUCCUCUUUCGAUUCGGCUAGAUGCAAUUAUAGUUAUCGGUUCCUUGGCAAAAGGAACAGAUGAGCAUGUUAAAAAACUAAUUGAGCAUAAUGUUGUAAAAAUAUUACUAACUAUAAUAGCAACACAAAAUAUAGAUAAAAGGGUCAUUGAAUUUUGUGUGAGUGUUUUAAAAUCAAUUUUUCAAUUUCCAAUUGCACCGGCAGAAUUAUUGUAUUCAAAUGUUGGAACAUUAUCUCAUUUGAUUAGUUUAGCAUCGCCCGAUAGUUCCGUGCAAAUACAAAAAAGUGUUACGCAUAUACUAGUGCCCCAUUGUCAUCCGUUAACCUACAAUGAGCAAAUGAUAUUAUGUCAAGCUGGAGCGAUUCCUUUUUUGGCCCGUAUGAUGAGUUCCAAUUUAUCAGCCUUACAAAUUCCAGCAUUAAAAAGUUUGGCUGCAAUGUGUUUUACAAACCGUGCUGUUUCAGAUAUCGUUUGUGUUACAAGUUUUGAAGGUGUAUCACUACCAGAUAUAUUAACAUCGUUAUUAUCGAGGAUAUUAGAUCCCGACAUUCAGUUAGGUGCUGCCAGAUGUUUAACUUAUAUACAUAGGUCAGGUACACUUCCCCCAUCUGAUUUAAGAAUUGUUUAUAAAACUUUGCCUUGUUUGGCAAGGUUAUGUACAGACGAGUUUAGUGAAGACGUAAGAGCAACAGCAGCGGAAACUCUUGCUUAUUUGGUUGAAGUUGACUCUAAUUUACAAAGAUUAGCAGCAAUCAGUAAUCAUUUGAUUCAAUCUCUAUCAGCUCUACUUCAAACGAAUUCAACUUUGCCGAGACAAGGGGCGUUUCGUUGUUUUGCUUCGUUAGGAGCAAAUGAUGAAGGUAUUCGUAAACAAAUUAUUGAAACGAAGCGAUUAAUGGAAAAAGUUUUAGAAGGUUUAGGAGAUCCUUGCUCAGAAGUUCGUUUAGCUGCAGUGCGUUGCUUGCACUCUUUAUCACGGUCUGUACAGCAACUUAGAACAACGUUUCAAGAUCAUUCGGUGUGGCGACCUUUAAUGACGUUACUUCAAGGCCAACCUUCCAAUGAGCUUCUUACUGUUGUAACAUCUACGAUAUGUAAUUUAUUAUUAGAAUUCUCACCAGCCAAAGAACCAAUGCUUGACUCAGGAGUGGUUGAAAUGCUCUGUCGUUUAACAGAGAAUACGGAUCCAGCGUUACGUUUAAAUGGAAGUUGGGCACUCAUGAAUAUGGCUUUUCAAGCAGAACAACAUGUUAAAACAAAAAUAAUUAAUUCUUUAGGAACAGAUCGUAUAUUAAAACUUCUAAAUGAUUCGGAUACAAGAGUGAUAAUGAAAACCCUUGGUUUAUUAAGAAAUUUAUUAAGUAAAUCUACUCACAUUGACGAUAUAAUGAGAGAACAUGCAACAGAUGUUAUGCAAGCAGUAAAUAUGGUCUUAGAUUCACCACAUCCAGCUGAAGUUAAGGAACAAGCGUUAUGCAUAAUUGGUAACAUUGCAGCUGGUGCUCAUAAUCAUGAUUAUGUAAUGGAGGAUGAAAAAAUUUUAAAACGACUUGGAGAGUUUCUAAUGCAUCGAGACUAUAAAUUACAAGCUGGUGCACUAUUCGCCAUUGGUAAUUUAGUUCAGAGAAAUGACUCCAAAGGACCCGAACGAUACGUACGACUUAGAGAGCUGGGCUUAGUCAAUAAACUGGAAGAACUAAUGGAAGUGACAUCAAAAGAUACCGAAUUGUAUCAAGAAAUCAACAAGGUGAUGAACCAACUGCAAUAUUCAUAAAUUAAUUUAAAUUUUUUUUUAAUUUUUUUUUCGUUUUUGCCUUUAAAAACUAAUUUAUACAAAAAAAAAAAACAAUUUUAUUUUGUUUAAUAGAAACCUUUAAGUAAAAAAAAGAAAAUACAAAAAUAUUGUGUAUUAAAGCGCUAUUUAUAAAUUUAUCUUGAGAUGUUAUUAAAAGAAUCUUUUCAAGAUUUAUUCGACUUUAAAACAA